AUGCACUCCCUAAGGAAGAGCAUUUCACCUUCCAAGAUGCUAGCGGUGGUUCUUCUGUCUUUCCUCAGUGCAGGAACAUCGUAUGGUAUAGCCCAGGCAAGGACAUCUUCCUUCUCUGGAGAAUUUGGUGGUAGCACUGGGAGUCAUUUUGACCAAUCGAAUAACCAGCUGGAUGGCCCCAUUACAGCCCUGAGGAUAAGGGCUAAUGACAGAUAUAUAGUAAGCAUCCAGGUUCGCUAUGGAGACUCGUGGUCUAACACUGAAGGGGGCACAGUGGGCAGCUCAUCCAAUGUGCAGCUUUUUCUCGGAGAAGGGUUUGUGCAGGUUUUGGGCCGUUUCAGAAGCCACAUGGAAUAUCUCGCCUUCCGUACCAACCAAGGCCGCAUCUUUGCCUUUGGACCCAGCUUCGGCUCAGGGACAUUCUUUAACGCUGAACCUUCAUUCCCAAACACAGUUCUGCGUUCCAUCAGCGGCCGUUCUGGGUCUUCAGUUGACGCCAUUGGGUUCCAUUGGGACACAGAUGAAUGA